AAGGAAAAACAAUCGAGCAGGAAGCGAUGAUCGAUCAGCAGCAUGGAAACCUUGAAACUUGUGAGGCGAAGCCGGAACACUUUACAAAACAGAUUGGCCCACUACGAGAUCCAUGUCCAGUUUGAGUCACAACAACUAGCCAACCAACACAGCUGCUGACGUUCAUGAGAACUUGAUCUCGGAGCUACAACUUUCCUUCAUCCAGCAUGGAUCCACAAGUCUGUCUCGAGAGAAAUGGGGAACCUUCCCCAACACCAGAGAGUAGUAAACAAGUGAAAGAGACAGAACUUAACGGAGUUCCAGAGUCUGAGCACCGUUCCGGUUCCCGACCCCCACGGCUCUCUCUGCCGUUUGACCGUCUCCAGGAACCGGUCACGUUGAAAGAUCUGACGGAACUGCUUCAGUUUGCUGCUCUGGGGAAUACCGGUGGGCUGAAACAACCCAGUUGGUGUCGCCUCCACCACCAGAGGAAGGUAUCAGGGGUGAGCGUGAUCCUUCUAGAAGGACUGAGCCAGGCCCACUUCUACAGACACUACCUGCACUUCAAACACCUCCGCACCAAGUACACCUCUAGACGCAGUUAUACUCCAUCGCCUGGCAACGUGAUUUCUGGAAUAUUCAGCAGUGAAGUUGUCAACAAUAGUCCUGCUGAUGCGCUAGGAGAGCAGAAGAGUGCUCAGCCAGAGGGAGGUCUGCGGUGGCACCCAGUGAUCAGGAAGUUUGGUCUGGAGACCAGAGGGCUGACUGGAUACCUCCUCACCCAGGAGGAUAUGAUCAAGAAACACUUCCCUGUCCGCGGUAUGCCUGGCAGUGAGGGCUUUGUGUGUAUAGACAGUGAUGACUGUGUGACUGACAGUAGUCCUCUCUAUGGGCUGGACUGUGAGAUGUGUCUGACAGAAUGGGGCAACGAGCUGACGCGUAUUUCUCUAGUAGACAGCAGAGGGAGCUGUGUUCUGGACGAGCUGGUCAAACCUCCCAACCGCAUCCUCAACUACCUUACACAGUUCUCUGGUAUCACCCGUGCAAUGCUGCAGCCAAUCACCACCACCCUAAGAGAAGUCCAAUCAAAGCUCAAGAAAGUGUUGCCCCGGGACGCGGUCCUGGUUGGCCACUCCCUUGACAACGACCUCAUGGCCCUGAACCUGAUCCACCCCCAUGUGAUUGAUACCUCCCUGCUGUACAGGAGAGAGUUUGGACAGAGGUUUAAACUCAAGGUGCUGGCUGAGACUGUGCUCAAGAAGCAGAUCCAGACGGAGGAGAGGAAGGGUCAUGACCCCACAGAGGACGCCCAGGCUGCCCUGGAACUGGCCCAGUACUUCAUACACACUGGACCACGACAGGUAGUGGAGCUGUAUUGUGAAGAGCUGUGGGGUGGGAGUCCUACCAUGUACCAGCCUCCUGUCAACAGAGAAACAUCUACACACAACAACAACAGGUUUGCCCAGGCCCUGAAGAGUUCUGGCCAAUCAGCCGUGGUUAUAGGGAAGCGUGCUGACAUCACCCUGGAUCUAUCCAAUCAGCAGUGGCACAGCUCAGACAGAGAGGUCCUGUCUUCCUUUAAAAGAGGACUAGAGUCUCACUCGUUCAGCGUUGUCCAGUUGUCUUCCUUCUCUGACCAUCUGAUGUCUAUGAUCUCUACUGACCAGCACUACCACACGAUGUCUCAGCGUCUAAGAGAGAUGUGUGUGGUGUUUGCAGGGCCGUUGCCUAGCGACUACACAGAGAGGGAUGUGAGGAGGCUGUUCAGGAGCUGUGGAAACGUACAGGCUGUCAGGCUGCUGAAUGCUACUCAGCGGGUGCAUGCAGAGGUAGAGUUUGAGCUGCUGGAGGGAGCUGUGCUGGCUGUAGAGAUGCUCAACGGAACACUGCUACACACCCGACACAUCCUCAAGGUCCAGAGACCUGUAAAGGAGUCCAUGCUGGAUCUGGACGUCUUCCUGAGUUGCCUGCAGGAUGACCUGCUAAGUGCUAACGUCAUCUACGCCGCAGGGCUAAAGGCUAAUGCUAAAACAGCACGGCUUGCAGCCAAAGUCAAUGGGACUGGGCUAAAUGCUAACGCAGCAACUGAAGUCAAUGAGACUGGGCUAAAUGCUAACGCAGCAGCUAAAGUCAAUGGCACUGGGCUAAAUGCUAACAUAGCAGCACUCCCAGCUAAGGUCAAUAGAGCUAGGCUACACGCCAAAGCGAACCAUUCAGGGCUCUUAGAGAAAGUCAAUGGAACUUUACUAAAUGCUAAAGCUAAGCUAGCUGAAGCGAAUGGACCUGGGCUACAUGCUAAAGCUAAAUUUGCUAAGAUAGCAGAGCUCUCAGCUGAAGUCAAUGGCACUCUGCUCAAAGCGAAAACUAUGCUAGCAGAGAUAGCAGCCGAAGCCAAUGUUGGAGCGAGGCUACAUGCCAAGACUGCCGGACUCUGUGAAGAGGACCUCUGCAAGGCCUUUGGACAGUACGGAACGGUUCAGGGCGUAAUUCUACCUGCAAACCACUCUGGAAAACAGAAACGUAGGAGACAUGCUUUCAUAAGUGAGUCAAUGCUUCACAUGUACCAACACUUUUCUUUUUUACAUUUUAGUAAUUUAGCAGACGCUCUUAUCCGGAGCAACUUACCCUUGUUGGCUCAGGGAUUCAAACCAGCAACCUUUUAGGUCACUGGCCCAAUACUCUAACCGCUAGGCUACCUGCUGCCCAUCAUCAAUGACCUGGGUUUAAUUUUAGCUGUUGAAUUUUUGUUGUUCGAAAUAUAAUGUAUGAUUUUAAAAUGCAAUUUUUUUGUUAAUCAUCAUAUUAAAAUGUGUACACGGUGUA